CUGAGAGACAGGCAAGACGAAGGACCCGGAUGGUGUGGUGAAUCAGACGAGUUCUGCCUCAGUCGGGUGAUCGAAGCUCAUAAUACGGAUGUGAAAUGUAUAACAUCUACUUCAGCGGGCGUUAUUAUUUCUGGCGGACGCGAUGAUUUUGUGAAGUUUUGGAACAAAAGAGGAGGAGAGUUCUCAGAGGCGCUUUCGUUUCCUCAACCGAAAGGAUUGUUUGUGAACUCCAUAGGCUACUAUGAUUCAUCUGAUGGUUGGCUGGUGUUUGCUGGUCGAAAAGAUGGCUCGAUUGCAGUUUACGGUUCAGGAUCCAGUGAACCUAUGACUGUACUCACGCAUCAUUCCUCAAAUGUAUGCUGUCUGUACGUAGAUGAGAAAAAUCACAUCCUUCUGAGUGGCUCCUGGGACAAUAACGUUGUCGUUUGGCCAAUUAAGCACCUUCUAUUCCCAGAGUUUUCUGUAUGUUGUUAUACUUUGAAUAUCGCUAAUUUUGUUGCUUUGGUUGUAGGUGCUUAUUUAAGGCUCUGCUCCUCACUGGUCAUACAUAUUCUGUGUGGGCGUUAUGCUCUCCAGGUUUUUACCUCACAGGAAUUUUGUCGAAAAGUAUUUUAUUACUGUGUAGGCCACAACGAUGUUGUAAGAGCACUUCUUGUGAUUUCUGCUGAUCUUUUUCUAUCGGCCGGCAAUGAUGCGUCAAUCCGGUUGUGGCAUAUUCGGUCUGAUGUGUGUUUGUCCAGUUUUCCUUCUACGUUAGAGACGUUCAUAUUCAGCCUAUCCUUCGUUGAUUCGUACGUACUGUCUUGUAGUGAUGGUGGCCAUAUAGAAGUAUGGAAGAAAACCUGUGAUGGAGAUAAAUUUAGGUACAGUCUUGCUAAUGAAACUGUUCGCAUUAAUGUUUCUCUUGAUGACGGUGUCCCCAAUAUGCAACUUUUAUACAAGAAGGGUACAGAUCCAGCUUUGGCGUUUAUUCAUUCACAUUUUGAGGAUUACAAUCUCCCAGCUUCGUAUUUGGACGAAAUCACGGAAUACAUCAAGGGACAUGUUCCUGAGGCAGCUGCUGCCGCGGUGCAACCGACACAGAGGGUGACGGUAGAUGGGAAGGAGUAUGAUUACGCUUUUGACGUUACUGUUGAUGAUGGACGAAAGCUUCGAUUACCCUACAACUUGGAUGAAGACCCGGAAGUUGCAGCUCAAAGAUUUGUAGAAAAACAUAAUUUGCCAAUAUCAUUUCUAGCCAAGGUAACUGGUCUCUUACGUUCUCAGAGUUGUGACUCUUCAAAUACUAGUCAGUCCUCAGAAUUCCUUGAUCCACUUACUGGUAACAAUCGUUACGUGCCUAAAAAAACGUCUGGUUCUUCAUCCUCCGUUGCCAUUGCUGAUCCGUUUACUGGUACUAGUCGAUAUAUUCCUGGGAAUUCUUUUGAAAAUGUUUCUGUACAAGAAUUGAACGUUUAUCUGUGUGCUUCAGAUUCCGUUACAAGCAGUAUGAUUUCCAACUCUUGUCUUCCAUUAGAUAAGAAAAGACCACGCGGUGAACUAGUACCUGUUCCGUGCUAUUAUCGAUUUGGAAUUGAACAUUUAAGUCCUAAAGCACUUGCUAAGCUUGUUGAAGUAAACGAAAAGCAACACGUCUUGAAGUUGAGUGAUUCGCAGGUUAGUUUGCUGUGUUAUUUACUUUGGUUUAGUUCGCUAUACGUCAUCGAUUUUGAAGUCGUAGCAGCUGCACUUAACGUUGGUCUACAGUGGACAAUGACCGACUUAGUUCCGAUUCUUGACGUGUUUCGCGUAGCUUUGCUCCAUGAAUAUCUCAAUGCAUAUUUUUGCGAUAUGAAGAUCCGUGGGGAGAGUACACAUCAUCGUCUUUCAACAUUGCUAAUGAGUGAACCUCCAGAUGCAAUCGGUAUUCUUGUAUGUCGAUCAAUGACAAACGCAUUCACUCAUCCUUGUGGUCGCGACAUGCUUUGCCACGACUUCCAGAAUCUUUUUACUGCAGUUACAAAUCAGCUAAUGAGCAACAAAGUGGCAUUACAACUUGCUGCUACUUCGACCCUUGCCAAUUGGAGCUUAUUAUUGCUUAAUCGAUCUGAGAAGGUCUCGGAGUUGGGACCAAGAGAAGAUGCGAUUAGGGGUAUCGUAAAGAAGUGCGAAACGAUUAGCUCCUUUGGAUAUCUCAGCAGAGAUAGUAUCGUUCGGUUACUCCAAGCAAUAGUUACUUUUAUGUGGGGAGACACCACAGUAAUCAGGCUGGCAAAAUCAAGGAACCUGCUAAACAUUGUUAACAAGAUCAAGGAUGCCAUAACCGAUGAACAAGGGAAGAGCAUCGCUCGAGAUAUUAUGGAGAUGAUCUACUCAGUCUGA